AUGCUGGCUGGACUCAUCUCCACCCUGCUCCUGUGCCUGGCGACCCCCAGCUGGCAGCAGCCCCCACAGAUUCAGGUGCGGCUGGUGGGGUCCAGGAACCACGCCGGCGAGGGGCGGCUGGAGGUGCUGUACGACGGGCAGUGGGGGACCGUGUGCGACGACGACUUCGACAUCCACGUGGCCAGCGUGGCCUGCAGGCAGCUGGGCUUUGAGUCGGCCGUGACGUGGGCCCACAGCGCCAAGUAUGGCCAAGGGGAAGGCCCCAUCUGGCUGGAUAACCUGCGCUGCGCCGGCACCGAGCGCUCCCUGGCCGAGUGCGACUCCAACGGCUGGGGCGUCAGUGACUGCCACCAUGGAGAGGACGCCGGCGUCGUGUGCUCGGCCCGGCACCCCCCGGGCCCUCGCGCUCUGGGCCCAGCCCCCAGCCUGCAGGGAAGGAAGCUGGAGGAGGUGCGGCUCAAGCCAGUCCUGGCCUGGGCGAAGCUGAGCGUGCCCGUCAGUGAGGGUGUGGUGGAGGUGAAGCACGAGGGGCGCUGGAGGCAGGUGUGCGACGCUGGCUGGACCAGGAACAACAGCCGCGUGGUGUGCGGGAUGCUGGGCUUCCCCCGGGAAAAGCGGCUCAACCCCAGCUUCUACAGGAAGCUCUGGAACCUGAAGUUGAAUGAUCCCAAAUCCAGCCUGAGGAGCCUCAGCCAGAAGAACGCGUUCUGGAUCCACCGGGUCAGCUGCCUGGGCACAGAACCCCACCUGUCCCACUGCCCGGUGCAGGUGUCCCCUGCCGCCCGGCGCCGGUCUGCCUGCACCCAUGGCAUGCACGCCGUCAUCAGCUGCGUCCCGGGCCCUGAGUUCCAGAAAGCCAAGGCCAAGCCAUUCCGCAAGGGCCUGCGGGCAGAGGGGCCCCAGGUGCGUCUCCGGGCUGGUGCCCAGGUGGGCGAGGGCCGGGUGGAGGUGCUGCGGCACGGCCAGUGGGGCACCGUGUGCGACGAGAAGUGGGACCUGCUCGCCGCUAGUGUGGUGUGUCGGCAGCUGGGCUACGGGACGGCCAGGCAGGCUCUGGCGGGGGCCCAGCUGGGCCAGGGCCUGGGCCCCAUCCACAUGACCAAGGUUCAGUGCACAGGCUACGAGCGCUUGCUCCACGAAUGCAGCUUCCAGGAGGCGGCGCAGAGCGGCUGCCGGCAUGAGGCUGAUGCUGCUGUCCGGUGCAACGUGCCCCAUAUGGACUACCAGAGCCAGGUGCGCCUGGCAGGGGGCCGCAGCCCCGAGGAGGGUGUGCUGGAAGUGCUGGUGCCGGUGGGGGGCGCCCUGAAGUGGGGCGCCGUGUGCGGCGAACGGUGGGGGCUGAACGAGGCCAUGGUGGUCUGUAGGCAGCUGGGGCUAGGCUUCGCCAGCCAUGCCCUCCAGGAGACCUGGUACUGGCAGGGCAGCCUAGAGGCGGGCGAGGUGGUGAUGAGUGGCGUGCACUGCAUGGGCACCGAGCUCAGCAUCCAGCAAUGCCAGCGCCACGGCCCCGUGCAUUGCCCGGCCGGCGGUGGGCGCUUCUCUGCUGGGGUCAGCUGCACCGACACGGCCCCGGACCUGGUGCUGGACGCGCAGCUGGUGCAGGAGACGGGCUAUCUGGAGGAGCGGCCGCUCGCCAUGCUGUACUGCGCCCACGAGGAGCGCUGCCUCUCGCGCUCGGCCGACCACGCCAACUGGCCCGAUGGGUACCGGCGCCUGCUGCGCUUCUCCUCCCGGAUCCACAACCUGGGCCGAGCCGACUUCCGGCCCCAGACCGGCCGCCAUGCCUGGGUCUGGCACCAGUGCCACAGGCACUACCACAGCAUCGAGGUCUUCACCCACUACGACCUGCUGACACUCAACGGCUCCAGGGUGGCCGAAGGGCACAAGGCCAGCUUCUGCCUCGAGGAUACCAACUGCCCCCCAGGGCCUGCAGCGGCGCUUCGACUGGUGCCAAACUGGUCGGGGGCGGGCGUGAGUGCUGUUGGUUGCCUCCCCGCGCCCACCAGGUGCCUGCUCCGGGCUUACGAGGCAGGGCGUCUCAGCAGGUCCUGUGCUCCCCCGUGCUCCGACACCCCCAACGUGCCUAGCUCCGAUGGGCCAGGGGUUCCGCGGCUCCUGUUGGCUAAGCGCCCCCCACCACCCAUGCUGCUCUGGGGCCAGGCGGACUUCUCCAGCAGGGCUGGUGCGCGCCUGUCCGGGAACCAGGCAGCGGCAACGCGGCAGCUCGCGUGUUCGGCAGCACAGGCGUCAUCCCAGUCUGGGCGGAGGGAUUUUUACUUGGCCCAUGCCCCGCCGCCUUCCACGUGA